GAUACACUGAAAGCGGGAAUUUAUUUAUUGAGCAAAAAGAAAUAGGACGUAACUUUGACGUGUCCUAUCGGUCGACGUAAUUGCAGUCGAAUCCUCUAUUGAGACAGGUGGGAUGCUGACUUCCAAGCUCCUGACUCUGGUUCUGGUGGUCGAGCCUGGCAGGGUGCUACUGGGCAUGAAGAAGCGAGGAUUCGGGGCUGGGAAAUGGAAUGGUUUUGGGGGCAAAGUCCAAAGUGGAGAAACUGUUGAAGAAGGAGCAAGAAGAGAACUCCUUGAAGAGAGUGGCCUCACAGUGGACACACUAGAAAAGGUUGGAAACAUCCAAUUUGAAAUGGUCAGUGAUGCGCAGCUGCUCGACGUCCAUAUUUUUAGGGCCGACUCGUACAAUGGAGAGCCAACGGAAACGGAAGAAAUGAGACCUCAGUGGUUCGACCGUGACAAAAUCCCUUUUGACCAAAUGUGGCCCGAUGACAAGCUGUGGUUCCCGCUGCUGCUACAGAAGAGGAAAUUUGCAGGCUACUUUCAGUUCCAGGGCCACGACGUCAUUCUGAGCUACAAGCUGGAUGAGGUGGAGGAGUUGUGAGAUGCUCGGAAGCUGCGUGGGAGGUGUCGCAUUCCUCAGUGUUCAGCCAACACUCCGAAGUACUGAUGUGAAAAAUAUCCUGUGCUAGAAAUUGCCAUUGCCGUUACGCAAGAAAUUUCAUGUGAAUGCUGAAGAGGACUUAGGCCAAAGCUGCAUCUCAUGAAAUGAGUCUGGCGACUUGGUGCCUAAGUUGAAAUGAGAAACUUCUUUUCAUCAAACCAAAGCUUUGUCUAAUCGAAAAAAGCGGCAUAGCUUUGUCAAAUAGAAAAACAACGUGGCUUUAUGCCAUCCUGUGACAUCCACAGGUAACACCAAACCUUUUUGUGUGUCACUUGUGGAUUCUCAGUACAACACUGACUUGGGGAGUUCAGAACAAUCAGAUCAUAAAAUGUACGAAAUGCCCAUCCUUAUCUCAUCACAAGCUAGCAUGAAAAUCUGCCCCCUAACGGUUGUGAGCAGCCUAAGUGCAAUCGCAUCUGUAAAGCAACAGCGUUGUUUAAUUGCAAAAGUCACUUAAAUGUUGGUUAGGAAUGUUGGCUCUGCUUUUAAGUGCAAAAAAAAAGUUUUUUGUUGGUUACACGAUUAAAAAACACAAAACAGGCAUUUUCAUUCUUUAUUCCUCAGUGGAGCAAAAUAUCAACAGAUUCAUCAGUCAUCUCUGAGUUAAUUUCCUAUAAAAUGCCACCAAAAUGAAUGUUUGUGCAGUAUUGUUUGGAAGCUGUGCAAAUCAGACCAAGGGUUCCUUUUUUUUUCCAGGAGGUGUCUUUUUGUUUUUUUAUAAGAAUAAAAGUGUUCCAAAA